CUCUCUAUCCAGAACCAAGAGCUUCACAAAAAUUCAGAAGGCGUUCAAUUCAACCCACACAAAAAGAGGACCGGCAUAGCCAAACGCUGAAGCUCUCCCACCAAAAUGGCGACUUCGCUGUCCAACUUCCUCUCCUUUCUCUCGCCUUCGAAGCCGCCGCGGCCGCCACUUCCGCCGGCGAGGGGCCCGGCGACUCUAUGCAUGUCCAAUCGCGACGCCAGGAGCAGCUCUGCUCCGCUGGCCGCGGUGCCGGAACGUCUACCGAGCGAGCUGUCGGCGGUGGUGAACCCGGCGCUCGCUCACGCGAACGCGCUCUUCUUCCGAGGCUACAACGUCCAGGUGAUCGUGGACGACAACGAACCGGAGGAGAGGCUGCUGAACAGGUUCAGGAGGGAGGUGAUGAGGGCCGGCGUGAUUCAGGAGAGCAAGAGGCGGCGGUACUUCGAGAACAAGCAGGACGAGAAGAAGCGCAAGACUCGCGAGGCUGCGAAACGCAAUCGCCGAAGACGUCCCCAAUCAAGAUUUGUGCCUCAGAGCAAGCAAGAGACCCCUACUAACAAGAAAAAGGAAGACGAUGAAGAUAACUGGGACCUCCCUGAUGAACUUCCAUUUUGAUUUCAUCUACCCUUUGCUCAUUUUUGUAGUCACAAUUGAUGCUGAGGGAGUGUUAUCCAGAUUGUUCUUUAAUUGAUGACUUGUGUUAUCAACCCUGAUUCUUUCCAACAUAAAUAUAGAUGCAUUAUUCCCAAAUCCUUUUGGAUUGUUA